UUUGCUGUUCCGCAUUUCAGGUCUGCGGGGUGGGGAAAGAAGGAGCGGCGGCAGCCUCGGUCUGCACCGUCUCGCAGCAGCUCUACACCGGCUGGGAUCCCGGCUUCCGCGGUCUGAGAGCUGAGGGACCGUCCGCUGCCUCUCAGUUCCCGCGCAGGUUCCGAAUCUUGCCCGGGGUGGGGGCCAGUGGCCCCUUCCCUGCCCUCCGAGGACCGAAGAUGAGCUUCCUCUUUAGCAGCCGCUCUUCUAAAACAUUCAAGCCCAAGAAGAAUAUUCCUGAAGGAUCUCAUCAGUAUGAACUCUUGAAACAUGCAGAAGCAACUUUAGGAAGUGGAAAUCUCAGACAAGCAGUUAUGUUACCGGAGGGAGAGGAUCUCAAUGAAUGGAUUGCUGUUAACACUGUGGAUUUCUUCAACCAAAUCAACAUGUUGUAUGGAACUAUUACAGAAUUCUGCACUGAAGCGAGCUGUCCAGUCAUGUCUGCAGGCCCCAGGUAUGAGUAUCACUGGGCAGAUGGCACUAAUAUUAAAAAGCCAAUCAAAUGUUCUGCACCAAAAUACAUCGACUAUUUGAUGACCUGGGUUCAGGAUCAGCUUGAUGAUGAAACUCUCUUUCCUUCUAAGAUUGGUGUCCCAUUUCCCAAAAACUUCAUGUCUGUGGCCAAGACAAUCCUCAAGCGUCUCUUCAGGGUCUAUGCCCACAUUUACCACCAGCACUUUGACUCCGUGAUGCAGCUGCAGGAGGAGGCCCACCUCAACACCUCCUUUAAGCACUUUAUUUUCUUUGUUCAGGAGUUUAAUCUGAUUGAUAGGCGUGAACUGGCACCUCUUCAAGAAUUAAUUGAGAAGCUGGGCUCAAAAGACAGAUAAAUGUUUCUUCUAGAACAGUUGUCCUCUUGCUUCAUCUCCUGCUAGAGCUAUCUCAUUGCUGUGUGUGUAGACUAGUGAUACAGACUUUAAGAAGACAGGAUAAAGGACAUCUUGUGUGUGUCUGCAGGGAAACUGUCCCAAAGGUAGGUCGCCUAGUAGCUUCACAGGCAGGACAGAGUCAGAGGACACAGUCACAUCAGAGAUGCUGUGUGAACAGUCCUGUUACUGUCAGCAUUGUACUCGGUUGUAACAUGUGAUGACUAACCUGUAGUUUAUUAGUUCACUUAUUUUUUUAUUCACAAAAAUUAUUGCAUCUGUUUCAGGUGUCAGCAUAAUGGAUAUUAAGAGUUUUUACCAUUGAUUUAUUUGUAAGUUUUCAGAAAAAAUUUCCUAAUACAAUCAUAUUGGUUUUACUCUGCUUUUAUCUUAUUAAUAGAAAAGGUAUUUUUAGGUUUCCUUAAGAUUUAGAACUUCUAGACUGGGUGUGGUGGCGCAUGCCUGUAAUCCCAGCACUCGGGAAGCUGAGGCAGGAGGACUGCUACGAGUUUGAGCCUAGGCUAGACUACAUAGCAAGACCCUGUUUCAAAAAAAUAUUUAGAACUUUUGUGUCACUUUGGAUAGCCUUUUAGUUUCAAGUUUAUAUGCUCGUGUUUUUAUAGAUAAGAAUAUAUAUUUUUCAAAAUUCAUUAUUGCAAUUUAAAUCAUGUCAUAUGUGGAAUGGGAGCAACCAAAGUUAUUUUUAAAUUAGUUUUAUUUUUUAAUUAUUAUUUGGGAUUGUAUUUACAUCUAUCUAAAUUAUUAGAAGUUUUCAUGUAUCAGAAAUAAUUUUAGGUUCUGAGGAUGAUCUUACAGGUUUUUAUUUUAAAAUGCUUUUUUAAAAUUAGUAUGAAGCUUUUGGCUGAGAAAAAACUAAAUAUACAUGAUAGACUUAGGUCUCACAGCCAUUAUUUUCAUUCAUAUUGUUUUUCAGAGGCUUUGCAGUUUUGGUAAGAGUGAAAUAAAGUAUUUAGAGUAUUUAAUAGGUUCCUAAAAAACUUACCUCUGUGUUUCUGUUUUUUGGUACUGGGGAUGGCAAGGUGAGGGCUGUGUCACAGAGCUGUGUUUUAGUCAGGGUCUGGGUUUCCCAGUCUGGCCUUGAAUUUGGGAUCCUUCUGCCUCAGCCUCGAGAGUAGUUGGGAUUACAGGUGUGUGCCCCCAGCCUGGCUUUGUUUUUUAUUGUGACUUGAGACUUAAGAGUAGUAUGACAAAAUGAAAGGCAAAAUAAGUACAAAUAAAUAAGUAAUCUUAAUUUCAUUCUGUUAAUAAAGGAUAGAUUGAGCUUCCAUAGGGAAUUUAACCUGCUUUCAUUAUUUUUUAUCAAAACUUGAAAUUUUUCUUUUUAUGGGGAUAAUAUCAUCUCCCUUUAGUGAAGAAAAUGCGUUUUUUGUUGAGUUCCUUGGAUUUAAAUGUUUGACUAUUUAAAUGUACUGAGGCAUAGUAGAUAUCCUGGAGACUUGCCAGACUGACAAAGCUUUACUUCAUCUGAAGUCUGGAUCAGAGCUGACCAACCUCAUGGCUUUGAUAAAGGUUACAUUUGAUAAGGGUUCUUUUGUUACUUAUUUUUAUUAUUCCACUAGAUUAUAAAGAAAAGAAUUGCUUAACACUCUACCCCACCCUCUUUGGGGUUUUUUUUUUGUUUUGUUUUUUUGGUACCAGGUAUUGAACUCACAGCCUCAGGCUUGCCAGGGCAGGUGCUUAAGCCACUGAGCUAAAUCCGCAACCCUGCCUUUGGUUUUUUGAAACAAGGUCUUGCUGUGUAGUCCAGGCUGAGCCUUGUACUCACUGUGUAUCCCAGGCUGGCCUGAAACUUGCAGUGAUACUCCUGUCUCAGCCCCCUGAGUGUGAGGAUUACAGACAUGUGUCACCAUACCUGGCAGAAACUCCAUUUUUAAUAACCUAAUUUCAGUAAAUUCUUAAAGACACACAGAUUUUAAAGGAUUUCAAAGUGGGAUAAUCACCAAUUAAAAAGAGAAAAGCCCUGUAUAAAACAUUACACAGCCCAUGUUUUAAACUUACCCAGUGGACCAGCUAUCAGCCAUCUUGUCUACUUAAUGUUGAUUAUUUAGAAAUAAAACAAGUUUCUGGGUGCAUCUCCAUUGUAACUUCCUCAUUGUAUAUUCAUUUGUAAUAUUUCAAAGAUUCUCAGAAGAGUUCUUGCUUCUCUCCAUUCAUUUUCACUGAUAGAAAUCCCCUCAUGAUGGAGCCCCUAAACCAACCAAAGACGGUCACAUGCCAGGGAAGCAGUAAAGGCAGCUUAUUAGUGGGACAUAAAUCAGAAAUGUGUUGAUAAUUUUGAAACUUACAAUAAAUGCCCUUUUUAAAAACUUUAUUUUUUUAACAAAACGAGUUUCCAGGGCAGUCUGGUUUAACCAGCAGCACAUUACACUGAGGCGGGAGGAGAGCCAGAGAAUGGGGGGUGAGCGGGAAGCAGAAGGCGCCCUCCCGACAGGGCGAGGGGCCACCCUGUAUAGGGGUUGGAAGGAGCCAGUGAGUGUGGCUUCGCUCACUCUGCAUUUUCUGCCCCAGCCCACGUCUCCUGUAGUCCCUCCACUUCCCCUGCUCCGCAGACGUCCUCUCCCGUCAGUGGCCGAUGUCUGCUCCUCAGUGGUGAUUACAGUCCUGGGUGGAGAGUGCUUGCCAAAUGAUGCAGGUCAUCCUGUGGUGCUUUAGUUUUUAGGCCUUUUAAAAAACUUGGACAAUGAUGUACAGAUACUUGUUUAUUCAGACCUCUUUGAACUACUGUUUUUUAUCUUGACAGCCAAAUGUGUCCUUCCUUCUCCUUCAUUUUGUGAAUAAAGUGACUUUACAGGCCUGGCAACUAACAGGGUGUUCCGUCCAUCCUAGACUUGCAGAGCUGUGGCUUAUGUGCUGCUUCCUCAAGAAAUGCAAAUCUGUGUUCACCAUGACUUUGAUAACAGGCAGUUAUUCUAGUAGUGCAGAGGAAGCGGAAGCUGACAUCUCCAGUGUGAUGCCUUACCUCAUAUGAAUAAACAGAGCAGGCCCAAAGAGUGCAAUGUCCUAGAAAUGUGUUUCUAAGCAGCUCCAGUCAUGGUGCUGGGGCUACCGCAGCCCCAUUGCACCAGGCUGGCUCCUAUCAGAGGGAACUGUGGCCUAGAAAAUGCAAGCCUGCACCCCAAGCACUGAGCACCUUCCACAUGGUGAUUGGUUCGGUGUGGAUUUGGUUUCUAUUGUAGAAUUCUGGCAAAGAGGAAAAAUAGUUCUUUGCUCUUUCUCUUGCAUUCAGUUUUACUGUUUCAGACUGUAAAAGGCUUUGGGUGAUGAUGUUCCAUGUGGUAGCACUAAUUUUAUUAAAACACCUAAUUCACUUGGAUUUGGAUUAUGAGACAAACAAGUAUUCUGUAAAUCCAAAAGAAUCACCAGUGUGCUAUGGAUUUACUAUACAGCAAUAUUCAAUAUUUGGUCUACAUUGAAAGUAGUUUGUAUAAGUUAGCCUUAAUUACCAUCCAGAAUAUUUUUAAAUGUUCUUUACAUUCAAACUUAUGUUGUAUUUUUACAUCUUUGGGGGGCUUUAUCUAUUUUUCUAAGUCAGUCAACUGUACUUUAAAAAAAUGUAUUUUGUAUCUACUUUUGUAACUUCAUCAAAAUAAAAUAUAUUGAAAGCAAGAAA